GAGCAUUCCUCAGCGCUCUGCAGUGUUGUAGUCAUUUUGCUCUUGUUGUUUAUCGCCAUCAUCAUUGCCGUUUCAUUGUUGGCUCGAGUGGCGCUUGGGACGCCAGCCCUGCUGGACAAGAUGUCCGAGACGAUCUCGGCGUUCAAGAAUGCAGCGUUCAAGAAAGCGGGGACUCUAAACCUCAAUGAUGUGAAAGAGUGGGUCGUGGAGGAGCGCAGGAGUCAGGCAUCGUGCAGGAGCUUGCCGUUUACUUUUCUACUGUAUUGCUCUUUCACGUGGCAUCUGUUCAGUCAUCGACAGGUGGACUUGGUCUUCCCCUUGCUCAACCAGCUCGGCACCGCAACGAGGAAAGGAAUUGUGCCGCUGUCGAUGCCCGAGAAAGUUCCACCCGCUACCCCGUCAGAGCUGUCAACUGUCAGCUCUUGGGCAGACGCAAUGGUAUGGCUGGACAGGACCAUGGUGCCGCUGAUCUGGUCUAGUGGCAGCGGAGGGGCCGGCGCUGUCAUGGGCGUGAACCGCUUGGUGGGCGGGAUGCGCCUGCGCCAGACGCGCCUGAAGCACGUCGACUGCCCUGGGCCAGACACCCUCGCCAACUCCUACGACGCCUGGUUCAGAGACACGUACAACCAGUCGUGCGUGUCCGACGGCUCCGAGCUCGCCACGGGGCCGCUGCCCGAGGCCUCGGCCGGCAGCCUGACGCAGGGAACAGCCCCGGACUCCAACGGGUGGUACACGUAUUGGAUGGACGCGAACUUGGAGCAGCAACAGGCGUUCGCGAUAGUUGACCAGCUGCGCGCGGCCGAGUGGCUGAGCACCGAGACCGAGCUGCUGCGGGUCCAGGCGAUGAUGUACAACGGCCAGGUGGCGAUGUUCGUGCUGCUCCAGGUUGACCUCACCAUGGACCGCGUGGGGGCGAUCACCAAGACCAUGAAGACGCAGGCGUUGCCGGCCGAGGUGUUCGAUUCGGAGUGGGCGUACGUCGCGGACUUCCUCUUCGUGUGUACGCUCGCGUGGCUCUUCUUGGGGGAGGCACUGGCCUGCAUUCGGUCUGGCAGGCAAGGCGCCCUCGGGACAUUUUUGUUCAAACUCGAGAGACUGACCAACAUCACGGUAUUAGUGAUGGGGGCAGGGUUCGUCCUCUCGUUCGUCAUCCUUUCCCAGAGACUUGCCAAGAUUUCGGACUCAGUGGCAGCAUCGAUCUCCUCUUCAGAGGAUGCUGGGACAUCUAUGGAGGACGUCCGCUUGAACUUGGAUGAAAGCUACGAUUUGGCCUCCACGAUGACAGAGCAGAUGAGGUACCAUGAGUUCGCAGCGUUCGCUUACACGUGUCUGAUGCUGGUCCGCUUCUUUGAUGGGUUUCGAGGGAAUCAGAGAUUGGCCAUCCUCACCGACACGCUCGCAGUGGCAUCAGACGACCUAUUCCAUUUUUUGUGUAUUUUCGCCGUGGUGUUUUCCAACUUCGUAAUCAGCGCGCACUUGCUCUUUGGGCAGUCUCUGCUGGAAUGGUCUGACCUUCGGCGGUCAUCGAACACUGGAUUCCGGGCGCUCAUGGGCGACUUUGAUUUCGAGUCCAUGUACAGGAUAGCUCCAGUCAGUGCCACGAUUUGGUUCUGGAGCUUCAUGCUUCUGAUCUUCCUGACGCUGAUCAACAUAUUCUUGGCCAUUGUGCUCGAGGCCUACACCGAGGUGAAAGAGAAGGCCGGGUCGCAGUGCGAGUCGCUUCUGAGCAUGUUCGGCCGCGCCGCCUCCUCGGCCGCAAGCAGGCUCACGGGGCUGGAGCUGCACGCGGCGGCGCUGCUGCCGGUCAGAAUGUCCGGCUCCUCUGCAGCGCCCACGACCAAGCACGAGGCGGCGGAUCUCCGGGAGGAAAUUGCCGCCUUCCGCCUGGAGAUGCGCGCCUGCUUGCAGCACCUGGAGGACCUGGGCGGCCCGCUGGGCCGUGCCUCUGCGCCCUCCCCGGAGCUCACGGCCGCUAGCCUCGCGCCGCUCAAGGGGAGGCCGCCACCGGCGGCGCCGGCCUCCCCGUCGCCCCCGCGGCCCGCCGCCGGCGGCAGCAGGCUGCCUGGCAGCCCGGCCCGGAGGCUCUCCUCCUCGAGCCGCCCGCGCCGCACAAGCCGCGACCUGCAGCAGCAGGCCGCGCGGCCCGUGCGCACCAGGGCCUACGACCGCGCAGCCCGUGCGCAGCAGGA